AUGAACGCAGCCUUGCAGUGUUUGACGCACACGCAUGGCCUGCAGAAGUACUUCCGCCACUGUCCGCAUGCCUACUCGCUGAAAGCUCAAGGCAGCCGACAAAAGCUCUUGAUGGCGUUUGCGCACUGGUUUGAGCAGGACUGGGGUAAGAAUGUGUCAGCACCUUACCACCAGCCCGAGGAUGUGCUUCGGGCCGUGCAGCAGCUCAAUCCUACCUUCCAGGGCUACUCACAGCAAGAUUCGCAGGAAUUCUUGCGCUGUGUCCUGGACAACAUCCAUGAGGAGCUACGAAGAGAAGUGCGGGAUGAGGCGGAUGGCCGAGGGCUCUCUGGUGAGAACGGAGCAUCCAGCGAAGCUGGACGGGCUCAACCAGAGAGGAGUUCAGGAACACCUGCUUCCUCCACGGACUUUCUCGCUUCCGGCGAGGUGCUUCCACGCAGCUCCUCAGCGGCACAGCAGCUCAUGCAGUUCUGUCAAGGGCCAGAGAGUAACACCGACAUGGGUGAAAUCAGGCUAACUGCAGGCAGCGCUGAGAACAGGCCAGCCUCCGAAAGCACCGACAUGGAGUCAUCUUCGUCAUGCUGUGGCCCAAGCCCAAACAUGGCAUCGGGUGAAAGCUCAGAAGGAGGAGCGGAGAGCUCCUCGAAAAAGGAUGUCCAGACACGCUUUGAAUCCAUCGUGUCGGAGCUUUUUCAGGGAAAGGUCGUGUCUUGUGUUCGCUGUCUGCAAUGCAACCAGAUAUCAAGGACGUCUGAAGCCGUCUAUGAUAUCUCUGUACCUAUACCAAAUGCAAAUGAGCCAGCUAGUCCGAUGAGUGGCGCGGAUAGCUCCCCCGUGUCAAUGCCCUCUUCACCCGGCGCCUUGCAGCGGUCGGCGUCGGGAGGUCUGAGAAGCUCCUCCUGGUCAGGGGUCCUCGGCGGCCUUGGCAAGGUGAAGAGUUGGUUUUAUGACAAGGGGGUGAGCCUCUCCGACUGCCUGCGGCGGUACUGCGCGCCCGAGUACCUCACUGGCAAGGACCAGUACUUCUGCGAGCGCUGCAAGAGGAAGAACGACUGCGAGAAGCGGAUCGUCUUCAAGGACCUUCCUGAGGUGCUUUGCAUCCACCUCAAGCGCUUUAGGUUCGACAAUGCCUACGGCUGGUUCGCCGGCGCCAAGAACUCCAGAGUUGUGACCUUCCCAGUGACGUCGACGCUGGAUAUGUCACCAUUUAUGGAGGAGGCGCCCAAUCAGUCAGAGGCCCAGAACACGCUGAUCGGCCUGAUUCAGCACAUUGGCUCAAUGGGUGGUGGCCACUACAUCGCCUAUUGCCAGCACAAGAAGAGGGACAAGGAUUGGUACGAGUUUGACGACAUUCAAGUCAAUCCUGUCAGUGCGGAGCAGGUUGAACGCGCAGAGCCAUACGUGCUUUUCUACCAGAGAGUGCCUUCUAGAGCGGCCAAGCGGGACCGGCAAACCUUCAAGAGCGACAUGCGCCGCAUGCAGGAGCAGAUCAACGGCUACCUGCUUGCAUGCAGCUCGAGGCCGGAGCCCGGGCGCUUGGUGCAGGAAGAGAUACGGAACCACGGCCCAACCGUGCGGAAUCUGUUUCGAUGUCCGCCCAAAGAGCUGGACAUGGCCUUCGUGUCGAAGCACUGGUACGUACGGCUGACCACGAUGAGCCAUCCUGGUCCCAUAGACAACCAGGAGUACUUGUGCCCGCAUGGUCAACUGGGAUAUUCCUCAGCCGAGAUGGCCUCCGAGCCCUUCUUUCCGAUCUCCAAGAGCUUGUCGCAGGCUUUGAUAGGCGUGUAUGGCGGCGGCCCAGAGAUCUCUGCGCUGGAGAUCUGCCCCAAGUGCCAAGCGUACAUCAACGCCUACAAUGCGCGGAAACAAGCAGAGUUUGACCUUGUGUCCAGAUAUGACACGAAGGAUACUGGAGAUGGUGAUGGCUGGUACCUGGUGAGCGCGGUUUGGGUGAACGACUGGAAGCGUUACGUCAAAGGAGAGCCUGCGACCAACAUCCAGGACAUGUGCGCUCCCGGGCCCAUCACGAACGAGCGCCUCUUCGACAAGGAGGAUCCCCAGAAGCUGAGACCAAACCUCAAGCUCAAGCUGGACUACAUCGGGGUCAACGCCUGUGUUUGGUGGCUUUUCAUGCACAUCCACGGCGGCGGCCCUGCAGUUGUUCGAGAUGAUCUGGAGAUCUAUUCCAAGGAGUUGCGGCCGGAAGUCCACUUGGUACCGCAAGAGCUGCGGCCCGCAGAAGGCGAUGACUUUGCCAUGCGGACCUCGCGGCAGUUUGUGGAUGAGUGCCAUGGCGAUUUUGAGCUGUACAACAGCUUGCACGGAAGCAACUCGAAGGAGAAGGGUGACGCAAGCCAGGAAGCUUUGAUCUCAGGAGUGGAGGAUGCUCCAGAAGAUGUUCCUCAAGAGAACGUUUCUCGAGAGGUUCCUCGAGCUCCUAGGGAUCAAGGGAAUGAGGAAGAUCCCGCUGGAGAAGAUGUGCCGUCAGAGCGACCAGUGGAUUCAGGCGAAGUGGCCCCGGAGGCACCAGCGCCAAGUGACUCGCAGCCGCAAACUGAUGCCGCUACCACGGAGUACGCUCCUGAUAGGCGGCGGGUGGUCAUCCAGCGGAAGGCACGGAUCCGGGAGAAGCGAACGCGGCCGAAGGAGCAGAUGGAGCAUCUUGGCUUGGACCCUUCUGACCCUGCGCCCGCAUUGCCAGAUGAGGAGUUUCCGCCUGAAGCAGAGAUGCCACCGCCGGCUGCAGCCUUUACCGCCAACCUGCGACCCUCGCCAUCUCAGGUGUCGCAGCCGGCUCAGAAGGCCAAGCAGAGGAAGACCGUGAGCCUGAAAACCAGGACGCUAGAGGAGCAGAUCGUCGCUGGCAGAUACGACCGUGCUCUCGACCGUUGGGGCCAACAGCAGCAGGAUUGGGAGAAAUUCCGGCAUUUGGCUGCCCAAAAGACUGGCAGAGACAAAGCAGAGCUCGUCGUGACCCGAGCGGAGGAGCAUCGUGAGCGCCUGGAGGUUAUGGAGUUGCUCGAACGAGCCACACCCGAGGAGAUCAAGAGUGGUGGCUUCAACUGGUAUCACUCCCUCCGCGGAGAGGGUACUCGCUUCGUCCAGGUGGGCAACAUGUUCUCGGGGCUGUAUCUCCCUCUGAAGCUCCACAAGGAGAACUAUGUGCACGAGAUCAUUAGGAAGCCAUUGAUGGUGGACCUCACGACAGCAAGGCACGCUGCCGAAGCAUCUGGCAAGAGGCGGCCUCGGUCGUGGCGGGACGAUGAGUACUUGUUGGCUCGCAUCCGGAAGUAUGGGGCCCGGAUGAAGGAGAUGGCUCCCGGUUUGCUGGAGUACGACGAGAUCCUCGAGCCAGAGGUUCAAGCCCUACGCGCUGCAGAGGCGGAAGGAGGUGGAGGCAACCCUGAAGAGGAGCUGAUGGCAGCCCUGAUGGAAGAGGGUGGUGGUGCGGUCGACAACACCCUGCUCCAUGCAGAGGAUCAAUGCGAUGCUGCCACAGUUCCUUUGGAGGAGGGGCCCCACGUGGAGGUGAUGCCACCUUGCCUGCACUUUCAAGCAGAUGUGAAGAAGAUGUGCACCCGCACCAUCCGCCUGAGAAAUUCUGGCACGGCAGUGCUUCAGUUUGAGUGGGUCCAAAACACUCCUCGGCAGAACUACCAGGACUCGGUGUUGCCCGGCGACGAGACGCAGCACUUCACCUGUCAUCAAACCACCGGGCGCGUGCUGCCGGGCGAUGAAGCGCACAUGAUGUUCUCCUUCACUGCGCCCACGCCUGGCAACUUCACCUCGUCCUGGUGCCUGAAGACUUACCCUGAGCUUCAAGAACCAGUCACUGAGCUGGCGAUGAAUGGCUCGGCGACUGUUGGAGACCUGCACUGGGAACGCCGGGCGGCUUUGCAGGAGUACAUGCGGAAAGAGCAGACACUGAGCCUGGCGUCAGAGAUCGCAGAGGACAUUGUGGAAGCCGUGCGCCUCCAGCCGCCGCAGCUGCCGGAUCUCAGCCAAGAGCCGGUGCAGGAGCGCCUCUUCGAAGAGGUGAAUGCAGCAGAGGGCCUCUUCUGGUCGCCCUUGACCUGGGAGGCCUUUACUGGACUGCGGGACAAGGUCGAGCAGCUGAUGCCGCCGCCAGCCACGUCCGAGGAAGGCCGAGCGCCCAGCUUCUUGGUGCGCGCCGGAGCCCGGGGCCGGCGGCCGGUGGCCAAGGUGGAUCCGCCCUCGGCCGCCGAGCCGCUGCAGCUGGACUCCUUGCAGGUUCCGUCCCUGAAGAGGAUGCGUACGCAACUGGAGAAGCUGCCAGGCACCGAGCCUGGCGCUGACCAGCCCUCGGAGAAGGUUGAAGUUAGCAGACAACUUGAGCAAGCUGUGCGAUCAGCCAGGAAACGACCCAUGGAGCGCUCACCCCUUUGGUGGCUGGCCUAUGAGACUGUCAUGGAGAUUGUCUCUGUGCUUCCUGACAAGUGGACAGCCACACGCCAACGGAAUGGGCUGGAGCCCUUGCCGUUCCUGCCCCCGCCAGAUGAGGAGGCCUCGCCAGAGCAGCACGAGGAGUACAACCUCCAGCUUGAGGAGCGGAAGGCCAAGCUUGCCCCAGAGGAGAAGGAGGCAGAAGUCCGGGACAUCUUCUGCCGGGGUUUCAUGAAGAACAAGUUUGGGCCUGCCUGCGCCAGGUUUGGCGCUGUGGCCAAAGAGGCAAUGCUGACCACGCGAAUGACCCGCGCCGGCAGCCUCUCCCUGGGAGAGAGGCUCAGGCCGUACUUGGGUCGGCUUUCAGCGGAGGCAGUCGAGCUGGCCGGCCAAGUGGUGCUAUACGAGUUGGAUGUCGGGUUCAUGCUGCCACCGGCACCUACUGCAGCAGAUGGUGAGGAGCCGCGGGUGCAGCUGCAGCUGGAAGGCAGCGAGGAGCUCUUGAAGCAACGCCUCAGAGGAGUCGUCUCGGUGCUGGAGUCGGCACCUUUGGCCGUGCUGGUCAUGGUGCACUUGGGGGAGCCGGCACCAGACAAGCCUCGGGAGGAGGGCGAGCUCAUGGAGCUGCAGGUUCAAGCCAGGAUGGCCAGCCUUGCCAGCACAGAGCCCAUCCUAGAGGUGUUGCGAGAGGUGGUUGGAACAGCCGCCACCAUGGUUGAGUUUGCACCCCACGAUGCCUGGCUUGGCAAUGCGGACUUCGCGCAGAAGGUCCGGAAUGAAGAAGUGGAGAACAAGGUCUUCCUUCUGGAAAACCUGUCAGCGAUUGCAGAGGAGACUGGCAUUCGCCGACAUUUGCAACCGCCACCAGAAGGGCAAGAGGCGGAGCCAGAGGUGGCCCUGACGAGCCUCCCGUGGGCGGCCCGCGAGGGCUGGGCAGCCAGAGCCGUGCGAGACCUGCAGCCAGAGAGCAUGGUUCAAGAUGCCCUGGAGCAGAGCUGCCACUCGAUGACGUUCAACACGGGGCUUUGGCCAAAGGUUCCCCAGCGCGUGGUGGGGCCGGCCAUCGAAGCCGAGCUGGCGGCGUUCCUGGACGUGCUGCAGCUGCCCAUCCGCGCAACUCCAGCAGAGGAGGAGGCUGCCCGACUCGAGAUGGAGCAGUCAGUGGCAGAGGAUGGCAAGGCGCCGCCUGCACCCUUGCUGGUGGUGCUUGGCGGCGGCGGCUUUAGCAGCGAGGAGGUGCUGCUCAAAAAGUUGGAGCUGCUCAUAGGCCUUUCUCGCCUGGCUCCCUACGAGAAGGGCGGCUUGCAGAUCAUGGCGGCCGGUGAGCUGGCCUGCUGCCUCUUGUCAGGUGUGCUGGGCAUCUCCAUGGGCGGUCCUGCCCGCGACUGGGCCAAGGGGGCGCUUCAGGAGGCGCUGCUGGACGUGCUCAGGACGGGUGUCUCGUUGUCGCUGCCCUUGGACUUGCUUUGCAAGGUGCCAGAGGGCGACGCCGAAUCCCAGGACCGCGAAGUCGUGCCCUUGGCCGCUGCCUGGAAGGUGUCCCAGCCGAUCUUUCUGGGCUUCUGCGAUGGCCGAGAGUGCUAUGUCAGCUUGGAUCCCGAGCAUGGAACACUGCAGCUCAGCCAGUCAGCAUCUUCGCCGGAGGAAGGUCCGGAAGCGCCGGAAGCGCUGGAGGCGGAACCUGCAGAGCCCGCGGAGCCUGAGGAGCCCGCGGAGCCUGCGGACCCGGAAGACCCGGAGGCGGCUGCUGACGUGGCAGAGCCCGAAGCCGCAGAGGAGGCGGCCAAAACCUUCCCUGCGGGCGUGCCAGAGAAUUGGACGCCCAAAGACAUCGGGCCAGCUACGCUCGAGCAACUGAGGAUGCUGCUGCGCCGCAGUCGCGGGGCAGUCUGGAACGGCUCCCUGGGGUGCUGUGAGGAUGGUUUCCAAGAGGGCACCAAAGACUUCCUCGCCAUGCUGGACAGCCGCCUCACCGGGGCCGGAGAGGACGGUUGUUCGUGUGCGCGUUGCUUGUGGCAGGCCGUCGUUUCACUUGCUGGGAGCUAAUUGCCUCGGCCAGUUUGCACCUUCG